ACAGUUGUUCUGCAGCUUCACAAAAUCAAAAAAAAAUUUUUUUAAAUGAGCAAGGUCUAGCUAUUUGAUAAUUGGUGUCUCUGCAUUUGUAAUGUUAUUGUACCCAUCUCGAAGAAGGUGUUGCACCUGAAUCUGGUCCAACUGGGCUUUUUCGGCUAAAUUACUAUAAUCCUCCUGAAUAUAUAUAAUCACUUGACUGGUCCUGCUGGAUCCAACAAAACUUGUGUGUUUUUAUAACUGAAUGUCUUUUUUUUUUUUUCCCCCUCUCCCCUCCUUCCCUCCCAUCUGGAAGUUUUAUGUAGCAUUUUGCUUAAACCAAUGGUAGGUAGCAUGUACAAGGCAUUGCCUUGUAACUGAUCCAUAACAUUACUGUUACAUUAGAAUGGUGAGGAGCCGGCUUAGGUGCAAUGAACAUUGUCUAACAGAGGGAAUAUGUUGAAAAGCGAGGAUGGCCAGGCAUGAUCUUCAGUUUGGAAAAUGUAGGAUAAUUAUUUUCCUGAGAUAGAAAAGCCUUAUCUCAUUAGAGGUUUGAAGGCUUUGCAGUUUAAUUUUUCACUUGCCUGUGCCACAUACUGUGAUAAGUGAUAAAGUCCACUUUUAUUCAUAUAGUAAAGACUCAUUUUUUUUUCUUUAAAAGGGGCAUGUCUGGAAGCCUUCUUUCUUUUUUUUUUUUUUUUUAAGGCUUUUUUAAAGAAAAAGACAGACCACACACAUAACAAAUAAUUUUGACAACAAUAAAAACACAAUUUUGCUUUAAAAAGAAAUAUUUUCAUCUCCCCACCUUCAGCGUUCUAGCAUUGUUUUAAUGGAUGAGAACCAAGACUGAAACUGAAAUGAAACUGACUAAUCUAUUUUUCAUUAUUCAUUAACAAAAAUUAAAAACAGCAUAAACAGCGAAGCGUUAAAAGGACUGUAAAAAUAAAACGAAACAAAACCCUGUCAGAAUACAUCUUGAUCUGCUACCACGGAGCUCUGCACCCAUGCAGAGUAUAAGACUCUUCGUGGGUCUGGGCUGGCUAAUAACACUGGAGUGGAUACAUCAGCCCAGAUCCUGCAACUGGAUCCAGGUGAGCUGAUCCUUGUAGCUGUGGAGAGUGACACUGAAUUCAGUGAGGGUCUCUCAAGCUGAUCUGGUUGCAAGAUUGGGGCAUUUAAAGUAUAGAAUUUUUCAUGUGUCUUCUUUCUUCUGUAAGAAAUAUGAAGUCCUAGGUAUUACAUGAGAAGGUAGAGAUUUUUUUAUUAUUCUUAGGUGUUAAGGGAAAAAAGUGUAAAAUGUGAAAUUGACAAUAGAACUCUUGUGUGCCUCUCCUUCUUCCCAAAAAUCAAUGCCCUACCACAGUGUCUAAUUUGUCAGGCACUUGACACUUAUUUUUGCACCUUGAGCUCAUUAUUGUCGGCCAUAUGUCAUUUCUUGUUUGAUGCUGACUAGCAGAGGCUCAGAACCGUGACUUCAGGGAGCAUGGAAAUCAGUUUGCUGUGUGAAAAAUUUCAGGACGUUAAUUUAAAACAAGUGUGUACUGGUAAAUCAUUCCCUUUAACCCUUGAUAGGCUUUUACUAGUAAAUAUGUGUUUAACAUGAAAAAUACUGGAGUAUGCAAUUCAGGCAUUCAAAAAAACAUUCAUGAGACACUUCCCGUGUUUUUUAUAUGAACACAGAGAAAGUUACUGGCCUAGAUUCCAGAAGGGCAAAGCAUUCUUACCUCCUUGUAAGGUGAAGGAGAGCUACUGUGUUCUUGGUCCCUUGGGAAAUCAGACUGAGUGUUUCUAGCCUUCAUCAGUGAAGAUUGCCUUCUUACUGGGAACCAAAUGUAAGCUGGUGCAGUAUUUGUAUUGUGGAGGGUCUUCAGACAGCUCCAGUGCCCCUGCUGCUGCUCAUAGUUUUCCAAAGCCUCAACAGAGUGAAAUUAGCAAGACUGAGCAGCUUUCACCUUGCCCUCUGAACUCUGAAAGCAGCGGUGAAACUGUCAAAAAUCAUGUCAAUUCUAUGCUGCUGCCACCUGGAAAAAGCUCGGAUAUUGGAUUUGUUCAUAGACAAGAUAAAGAACCUGAAAGAGGCUGUAGGAGGGCUAGAAUAGCAGAAACAUUUUCUCCUUCAUCACCCUUGCUGUGGGGGAGGUGUAGGGAGAGGGAGGCUAGAGUAUCCAGACAGUCUUUCUACACCCAGGAGGCUGGGCUGACAGAAGGAGGAGACAGAAAACUCCUUCUCUCUCCUGGAAGUUAGAGAAGAGGUGAGCUCCAAACUUAAGACACCUAUUAGCAGAAGGCUGGUAUAAGAGAGAGACCCCAAUUUGAGUUUAAGGGGCAGCACGUUUCUAGAAAUCCCAGCAACCUCCCCAGCAUCUGGGCUGGGCACUUCAUCUGCCUCUGGACACUGUCUCUGAACCUUGCGGGUGAAGCCUGCCUACCCUCAUCUUUCAUAUCUGCCUCUUGGCAUGCUUGGUCCUCUCCCCCCCCCCCCCCCCCCCCCCAACAAAAACCAACAACCCUGCUGCUAUUUACUAAUGAGAAGUUCUCAAUCUGUGAUCUGUAGAAGGGUAUCUGGUCCCAUGAAGUUGGCUCUUCAUUAUUUCCAGCUGCUAAAUUGCAUUACAAGUCAGCUAAAAAUGGAUUAAAUGCUUUCCUAAUCUCUCUCCUAUUGGUAUGUAAGCAAUUGCUUUAGCUGCCACUGGAUUCUAUGUCACCGUGAAUGAGAGAGGAAGGUUGUCCAUACAAUUUUGAAUGGGAGGGAAGGUUGUCCCUGUCACGAUCUAGUGUUGUCCUCAUUCUGGAAAUGUUUGAGAAUGCAUGUUACAGGACUUGAUCCGGCUCCCAUUGAAGUAAAUGGCUAAACUCCUGUUGCUGGUGCAAUAUCAAGCUUGUGUAGAAUGUCCUGUAGUUAACUGCAUACGUUAGUGCCUGGUGAGACUAAUGCUGAGAUGGCUGGUGUGCUUGGCAGAAGAAGUGACCUGAUUUUUCAGAGGUGCUGAGCUACUGUUACUCCUGUUGACUUUCAUGUCAGACACCUCCAAACUUAUAAUGAUUUUACAUUGUAUUGCUAAUGCUCAUUAUUACAACUGAAAGAUUGGAAAAUAAAAUGUUUCUGUAUUUGUUUGUUUACUGUAUGCAUGUGACAAUAAUUUGUGUGUGUAGUCCAUCAAUAUUCCCUAUUGUAUAUAAGGGUCUUUUGUGCAGACUAAUGACAACAUUAUAUACUGGGGCAUAGCAAUAUUAUAACAUAUGCUUAAAAAAACAAAAAGGAGUUGUUUCUGAACAGCUUAUGGUGUCGGCAUAUUUUCUCCAAUUGGCUGGAGUAUGACAUCUGUGAAAGAACUUACUUUUACUUAAAAAAAAAAAAAAAAAAAAAAAAAUCACUUGAUAUUGUUUUUGUCAAUCUCAUGCCUCUGGUAUUUUGUAUUUGUCUACUUGGAAUUAUAGAUAAGUCAUAUUUUUUCUUAGUUGUGUCAUUGUCCUAUAUCUGCACACUGAUAUGGUGUCCUGGGGCUUAGUAAAACCACAAAAAGUCAGUUGAGCUUUGAAAAUGAAACCAACCCAUUAAAGGAGUGUUUUGUUCAAUGCAUUUUGGCUGUUGAGAAAACAUUAGUUGAAACAUAGAGUGACACAUUUGAAAUAUUGUGGACUCCAUGUAAUGACAGAGAUAAAGUGAAACUGCUUUUUUUUUUUUUUUUUUUUUUUUGGGACUUCUACUUGAGGAAACUUAUGUUAAUGAGGACAUCUGAAAAGGAUAUCAGUAUGAACAAUAUCACAAAGCUACCAGAGGAUGCAUUUAAGAACUUUCCUUAUCUUGAAGAGCUACGACUGGCUGGCAAUGACCUUUCUUUUAUCCAUACGAAGGCCUUGUCUGGGUUGAAAGAACUCAAAGUGCUAACCCUACAGAACAAUCAGCUGAAGACUGUACCUAAUGAGGCCAUUAGAGGACUAAGUGGUUUACAAUCCCUGCGUUUAGAUGCUAACCAUAUUACUGCAGUCCCAGAAGACAGUUUUGAGGGUCUCGUCCAGCUACGUCACCUGUGGCUGGAUGACAACAGCUUGACAGAAGUUCCCAUUCAUCCACUCAGCAAUCUUCCUUCUCUGCAGGCCUUAACUCUGGCUCUCAACAAAAUAACACACAUUCCUGACUUUGCGUUUACAAACCUUUCAAGUCUCGUCGUUCUGCAUCUUCAUAACAAUAAAAUAAAAACAAUAGGAAAACAUUGUUUUGAUGGAUUAGACAACCUAGAAACUUUGGAUUUAAAUUAUAACAACAUGGUAGAAUUCCCUGAAGCCAUUAAAGCACUUCCAAGCCUAAAGGAGCUGGGAUUUCACAGUAAUUACAUUUCCAUAAUCCCCAAUGGUGCAUUUGGGGGAAAUCCCCUUCUAAGAACUAUACAUUUGUAUGAUAAUCCUCUCUCUUUUGUGGGGAACUCAGCAUUUCAGAAUUUAUCAGAUCUGCACUCCUUGGUCAUUCGGGGUGCCAGCAUGGUGCAGUGGUUUCCUAAUUUGACAGGAACCAGUAAUCUGGAGAGCUUGACUCUUACAGGCACCAAGAUAAGCAGCAUUCCCAUUAACCUAUGCCAAGAACAAAAGAUGCUUCGGACUUUGGACUUGUCUUAUAAUAACAUAAAAGAGCUUUCGAGUUUUAAGGGCUGCAGUUCCUUGGAAGAAAUUUCCUUACAACAUAAUCAAAUCCAGGAAAUCAAAGAAGACACCUUUCAGGGACUAACUUCCCUACGCAUCCUUGAUCUCAGUAGAAACUUGAUCCAGCAGGUUCACAAGGAGGCAUUUACUACACUUGGUGCUAUAACUAAUCUAGACUUAAGUUUCAACGAGCUGACUUCAUUUCCAACUGAAGGACUGAAUGGACUAAACCAGCUUAAACUUGCAGGCAACUCUGAGCUGAAAGACGCAUUGGCAGCAAAGGACUUUGUGAAGCUCCGGUCUCUGUCUGUUCCAUAUGCCUACCAGUGCUGCGCAUUUUGGGGUUGUGACUCUUAUUUGAAUUCUAACAUGGAAGAUUCCAGCUACCACGAUCAUAGUGUGUUGAUAGAUCAUGAUAGAGCUACAGCAGAUGCAGAUGUUCCAAACACUGAUGAGAAUGAAGAACUGGGUCAGACAAUUAUUCAUUGUACACCCACAACAGGUGCUUUUAAGCCCUGUGAAUAUUUACUGGGAAGUUGGAUGAUUCGACUUACUGUCUGGUUUAUUUUUUUGGUUGCCUUGUUCUUCAACCUGCUUGUCAUGUUAACGAUAUUUGCAUCUUGUACUCCAUUGUCUUCCUCCAAACUGUUUAUAGGCCUGAUUUCUGUCUCUAAUUUAUUUAUGGGCAUCUAUACCGGUAUAUUAACUUUCCUGGAUGCGAUCUCUUGGGGAAGAUUUGCUGACUUUGGCAUAUGGUGGGAGACUGGCCGUGGUUGUAAAGUUGCUGGGUUUCUUGCAGUCUUUUCAUCAGAAAGUGCCAUUUUUUUCCUGAUGUUGGCAGCUAUUGAACGAAGCUUCUCUGCAAAAGAGAUAAUUAAAAAUGGGAAAAGCAAUCACCUAAAACAAUUCCAAAUUGCUGCAAUUUUUGCUUUCCUGUGUGCUAUGGUAGCUGGAUGCUUACCACUUUUCCAUAAAGGGGAGUAUUCAGCCUCACCCCUCUGCUUGCCCUUCCCCACUGGAGAAACACCUUCACUAGGGUUUACAGUAACUUUAGUGCUACUAAACUCAUUAGCAUUUUUGCUAAUGGCUAUUAUUUAUACUAAACUUUACUGCAACUUGGAAAAAGAGGACCUCUCAGAAAACACACAAUCCAGCAUGAUUAAGCAUGUCGCUUGGCUAAUCUUCACCAACUGCAUCUUUUUCUGUCCUGUUGCAUUUUUCUCAUUUGCACCACUGAUAACUGCAAUCUCUAUCAGCCCUGAAAUAAUGAAGUCUGUUACUCUAAUAUUUUUCCCAUUACCUGCUUGUCUGAAUCCAGUCCUGUACGUUUUUUUCAACCCAAUGUUCAAGGAAGACUGGAAAUUACUCAGACGGCGUAUCACCAAAAAAAAUGGAGCAGUGGCAAUUGCUGUCAAUACACAAGGUGGCUGUGUGUCACAGGAUUUCUACUAUGACUGUGGCAUGUAUUCACAUUUGCAGGGUAACCUUACUAUGUGUGAAUGUUGUGAAUCACUUCUUUUAUCCAAACCUGUACCAUGCAAACACUUAAUAAAAUCACACAGUUGUCCCACACUGGCAGUGGUGCCUUGCCAACGGCCAGAUGGGUAUUGGUCAGACUGUGGCACGCAGUCUGCCCAUUCUGAUUAUGCGGAUGAGGACGACUCUUUUGUGUCGGACAGUUCAGACCAAGUGCAGGCCUGUGGUCGCGCAUGUUUCUAUCAAAGCAGAGGAUUCCCUUUGGUUCGUUAUGCCUACAAUAUACCAAGAAUUAAAGACUGAAAGGCUUUGCUGUAAGCUGUUCUCAUAAGGAAGAAGUACAAUGUUUCAUAGACCAUACCUGUUCUGACCUUUCAACCAGGAAGCACUUUUGUAAUCAUUGUGUGGUGUCACUUGUAAAGAAGGGAAGUGGGCAGUAAAUUUCUUGAGCCAUACAUUUGGGGGGGGGGGGUGGGGAAGUUGCCAACUGUAAAUAAUUGGUAAACCAAAACUUGUAACCAAUAUUUUUAUUCUUUCCAAGCAAUAGUGGUUUCUUUUAUACAGUUUUUAUGUGCUAAAGGUCUGUUUCCAUGUUGAACUCCCAUUGUAUUUUGCUUCUACUGUUAUGUGAGGCAAGUUCUGUCAAUUUUUCUGGUUAAGCACAAUAUAAGGGACAGCUGUUAAUAUUAAGAAAUAAUUUUUAAAUGUGAUUUUCUAUAAUUAAGAAAAAAUUGUUGCUAGCUUUGUAUAGUAUUUUCAGCAUUAAUCUCAGGAUGACUUACUGCAGGGCCAAAAGAAGGGACUAAGUCUCCCAUACAGAACUGUGAGAGCAAUAUAGGUAUAACGUUUUUGUUUUUUAUAUUUCAAACUAAGAUUUGAUCUUAAUAAGAUAACUAUUUUUAUUUAAAAAAAUCUUUUGUCAUCCCUCAAGAUCUGCAGACUGUAUGAAAUAAGAAUAUUAACAGUUGUCGGUAGAACUGAACAUGGUUUUCAGUGAAGACACACUGCUUCAGGUGAAAACCAUAGUACCAUUCUUCAGUAUUAUGUAAGAUCAUACUACCAGAAGGAAUUUCCAUGGGCUAGACAGUGUAUAUCGUCAGUGCUGUCUGUGUGUGAGGUUAGCAUGCUUAUUUAGAAAGAGAGAGAGGAGCUAAAAUAUUUUCCAGCCCUAUUCACUGUUUGCAACAGUGCUUAUACACACAAUGAUGUCUCUGAUCAUCUUGAGACUUUACCAGAAGGGGUGGCAAUGAAAAGCAGUUUUCAAUAUAGAAACUUCUGCAUCUCUGCCAAUUAUUUUUCUCCGAGUAAAGUACAGUGUGGUGAGACGGACUAAUUUUCAUGUGAAUUGGUAAAUUACCGGUAAUUUAAAUUUUUUCUUAAGCAUCUAAGCCCAUAUAUCGCUUAAUUACCAUCAAUUAUCCUUUUAUCUAUACUUAGUUUGAAGUUUGAUCAACAUGAAGUUAUGAAUGCAUGAUCAAAGUAAUUAUAGAAGUUUCUUGAACAAUAUGCUGAAUCAAUAGCAAAUCCACUGCCGUACCAGUUACUCUGGAAAUGUUCUUGUUAAGAUUUAAGCUAGAUUGCUGUUUUGAGAAUUAAACUGUACAUACUGUGCAUAUAAUGAAUUUUUAUCUUUGUAUUGUAAAUUAUUUGAUAGAACACAUGAUGGGAAAUAUGGCUUCAGUUCAUUUUGUUAAUUAAAGCUACCUCCUAAACUAUAGUGGCUGCCAGUAAUUGUGGUUUAUAUACUUUUUUGCAUUGUAAAUAGACAUGGUUGUACAUUGUCACUGUAAUAAAACAGAAUCCUUGUAUAUCAAA